AUGAUUGCUUCGAUGAGUAUGAUACACACAGACCUGGUUGUAUUGCUAUUGUCUUUUGUCAGUUGAACUUGAAGUCAUGGCUGAAAAUCCUGGACAUAUUCUCAGCUAUUAUAACUUGGUAGCUAACUACAUAAUUGUCAUCCCUCUAGCCAUUUUACUGGUGGUGUCCAUUGUAUACAAUAUACUGGUUGGCUUUUCUACAAAAUGGAUGUAUGCCAAUGCGUGGAUCAAGGAAGGAUAUACUCGUGAAAAUCCUCCUCCAAUGGAUUCCUCAUACUGGGAUGAGCUGUUUAUUGUUAACAUUAAAAUAAGCAACUAUUUGCUUGGAAGCACAGUUGCUUUGAGUGAGAGUAAGGAUGGUUAUUAUAAGUUGCUUAUUCAUGACUAUGAGGUCUACAUGCCAUUGGCCAUUGUGUUGAUACAGGUCUCAGAGCUUGCUGUCAUGAUAGUAUCUCUGGCUCUAUUUUUUGAUACUCUUGUUUUGCAGGUAUCUAGUGAGUGCGUGACUGGUGUUGAUUGCUUUUACUUCAAUGAAACAAACAGUAAAGCAUUACCAAUUGAUUGUGAUUCGCCGGAUUUUAAUAAGACCUUGAAACUGACUUGUUUUCGCAUUGUGUUUGAUCCCAUAGCAGCUGCAGUUUCAGCUGGAGGCUUCCUCAAAGUUGUCCCACAAGUUGCUUUUGCAUUGCUUACAUUCCAGUACAUCAAGUAUCUCAACUUAGCAAAGAAGAGGCUUAAGCUUAAAAUCAAGCAUGGCAGCAUUAUAGUGCAUGCAAUGGCUGCUGGUGCUGUGUGUGCAGGUUUCGUUGCUCUUGGUUUAGCUGCAUUGCUCUUUGUUAUAUAUAGAUUACAGGAUGCCCCAUCAGCUAAUCCAAUUGUUGAAAUUGUAGUUUAUCUCAUCUUUCUUAUGUAUUUUGCAAUGGCGGCAUUCCUUUGGUAUAUAAUUCCAUUUCAAUACACAGCUUCUGUCGGUCAAGAGAAGGACUGAUGCUUUGUGCCAUUUUUUUGAU